AUGGCGAGUAUGAAUACUUCUGUUUUAGAAAGGCCACCUGAGCUUCCAGAAGCUGAACAUAAAGACGAUGUACUAGUUGCUGCUGACAAGGUGGCCUUGAUUAUCAGCAACUGUAUGUACCAAUAUCUACCGAAGCUAGUAACCCCUCUUUGCGAUGCCGAAACCUUAGCGACUGCUUUACAGGAUUUGAAGUAUAAGACAGUGACGCUAGCGGAUCUCACCUUGGCUGAAAUGAGAUACUUAAUCAAGGAAUACAAAAAGCUGCUGGGCAAUGGAAUUUAUGCUGUUUUCUACUUCGUGGGACACGGCUUCGAAGUGAACGGACAGUGCUACCUGCUUCCUGUUGAUGCUCCAUCAGAAGCCCACAAGCCAGAGCACUGUCUUUCUAUGGAUUAUGUCCUUGAUCAGUUCAGUGAUCAUAACCCAGCGCUCAAUCUGCUUCUCUUAGAUGUGUGCAGGAAGUUCAUUCCGUACGAGUUUGUGUCUGCCUUUGUUGACUAUGCGGAACCUUUUAAGUUGAAGCACAAGCCUUCUCGGAACACCGUUUAUGGAUAUUCUACGAGUGGUGGAGUAGGAGCUUAUGAAAUAAAAGGCGAGAUGAAUGGUGUUUUCAUGAAAUAUCUCAAAAGGCACAUACAUCAGAAGGUUUCUGUGAUCCAAAUGUUAAAUGACACAUCGCGAGAUAUUGAGGAGGACGAGAAAGUGUGUGAUGUGCAAGUUCCUGAAUUACGGUCAACGUUAACUAGGCCCCGGUCUUUAACCGAUCCUUUGGUUUGGGACGGACAUACCAUGUCCUUUGACCAUCACACCAUUCACUGGAGACUUAUGCACGAAUUGCCGAAUCCCGUCUAUGCACGUUUCAAAGAGUUGGCUCUAUCUGUCACAAUAUGGUUCGAUUUUUGUGGACAUUUCACCAACAAGGAGUCCUAA